CUCAGCGACCCUCAAACCCGGAUGUAACCAACGCCUAGGCUGCCAGAAGAAAAGCGAUGCAGACUAUAAAAUGUGUAGUGGUAGGAGACGGUGCAGUAGGAAAGACCUGCCUACUGAUCUCCUACACAACCAACAAGUUCCCCUCAGAAUAUGUGCCCACGGUAUUUGACAAUUAUGCUGUGACGGUGAUGAUCGGGGGGGAGCCCUACACACUCGGCCUUUUUGACACAGCAGGUCAGGAGGAUUAUGACAGGCUGCGUCCUCUCAGUUACCCACAGACAGACGUGUUCCUCGUAUGUUUCUCUGUCGUCUCCCCCUCAUCUUUUGAAAAUGUCAAAGAAAAGUGGGUUCCUGAGAUUUCUCACCACUGCCCACGCACACCCUUCCUGUUAGUGGGCACACAGAUGGACCUGCGGGAAGACAGCAACACAAUUGAGAAGCUGGCAAAGAACAAACAGCGGCCCCUCUAUCCUGAGAUGGGAGAGAAGCUGGCACGUGAGCUCAAGGCCGUCAAAUACGUGGAGUGCUCUGCUCUGACACAGCGAGGGCUUAAGAAUGUGUUUGACGAGGCGAUCCUGGCAGCAUUGGAGCCUCCAGAGACCAAAACCAAGAGAAAGUGCAUUCUGCUAUAGACGAACAACCACAUUGAGAGACGUGAUAGCGUAAGAGAUAGCUGGGGUGAAUCGAAACACCGGAGCAAUCAAUGGCCAUUAUGAAUAAAAGGACAAAACAAAAGGGGAAGGGAGGUACAAUGCCAUUGAGACUUAUUCUAAUACACGCGUACACUGAUUGUGCCUUCAAUAUAAACAUUGAAAGAGGCUGAGCAGCGAAACUUCAGCAGUAAAUCCAGCAAGUGUCACCUAUCUCCUUUUCUGAAAGCUUUUCCAAACUGCAGUGUUGUCUCUACAAACAUUCAGGUGGGGCGGGCCCCCCCUGCCUGUCACUGUUGCUCCAUUUUUUAUUUUUUUAAAGAAAGAUUCAUUUCUAUAGUUGCCUUUAGCUUCCUCUGAGUUUUACCUCUUGCAGUCAUUUGGGGCUUUUAAACACUCGAGUUACAUUUAACAUUAAGUUUUUAGUGAACUUUAGUUAGUACAUUUAAGGGGGCAACUUAAUGUUAAAUGGUGUUUGCUUUAUUUUCGGACCCUUGUGGAUUGAAUAAUGAAAGCAUGAGAGAUUUAUUGUCACUCCAAACAAAGGUAGCUCUCUGAAAUGAUUUCUCUCUUCCAAACUUUGGUGAGAGGCCAAGUGCAUUUUCACCAAUUCCUCUUCUGUAGAUUACUUUUAUUAUUUUAUUCUCCUUUUGUUUAUACUGUGUUAAUUCUGUGACUUUGUUUUGGGAUUUAUUUUGUUGCAUUUAUUCAUUUGAAACUUGACUUUUUAUUUUAUCCAGAUUUUUUUUCUAUUGCUAGACUACCAACCUUGAGUCAACGAUAAUAUAACAAAUUAAGUUGUGAUAUUUUCAAUAGAUCUCAACCUCGACUGAGAAUGAGAUGAUAACAUUUGAUAGUAAAUUUCUGGGUGUUUGUAAUCACAGGAUAUUUUUAAUAAAAAUGGUUCAAUGAUAUUCAAA